AUGUCUGACGCAGCAGCCCCAGCUCCGGCCAAGGCCAAGAAGGCUACCAAGCCAAGGAAGCAGAAGGUAGCAGCAUCGCACCCUCCAGUUGCACAAAUGGUCGAUGCCGCCAUCAAAAACUUGAAGGACCGAAAAGGAUCGUCCCUUGCCGCAAUCAAGAAAUACGUUGCCGCUAACUACAAGUGUGACACCGUCAAGCUGGCCCCCUUCAUCAGGAGGUACCUGAAAAAGGCCGUCGGGGAUGGAAAACUUGUCCAGACAAAGGGAACCGGUGCCGCAGGAAGUUUCAAGCUCCCCUCCAAGGAGAAAGCCGAAAAGCCCAAAGUCAAGAAGGUGAAGAAGCCCAAAGCAGCAGUAAAGAAAGCAAAGUCGCCGAAGAAGGCAAAGAAACCCAAGGCAGCAAAGCCGCCAAAGAAGGUCAAGAAAGCCGCCAAGUCCAAGAAGACUUCGAAGGCAGCCAAGCCAACGAAGGCCAAGAAGUCUCCCGCCAAAAAGCCAGCAACAAAGAAGCCAGCUGCCAAGAAGGCCGCAAAGAAGUAAAGGGUCAUUUGCCUUUAC